GCGACAUGUGCGUAUAAAACCGCCGCACGACCACCCUAGGCGUUCACAUAACGUUGGGACGCAUUGCACCGCACGCAAAAUGAAGUUUUUGGCUGUAGUCCUUCUCGCGUUAUGGCGCCAAGCUGCCGGCAUCGUCCCUGUGUCUCCUCUGGGGUACGCGCGGCCUGCGUUCGCCCCACUAGGCGUAGCACCCGGAUUGGUCCCGAUAGGCGUGGCACCAGGAUUGGCACCGCUGGGCAUAGCACCGAGACUGGCACCCAUCGGAGUAGCACCUAGAGUCGCUGCAGUCGCCCCGGCUGUCGACGAAUACGACCCCAACCCGCAGUAUUCUUACGCCUACGAUAUUCAGGACGCUCUUACUGGUGACUCAAAGAGCCAUCAGGAGUCGCGGUCCGGCGACGUGGUGCAGGGCUCGUACUCGCUGGUGGAGCCGGACGGCACGCGGCGCGUCGUGGAGUACACCGCCGACCCGCACAACGGCUUCAACGCCGUCGUCCACAAGGAGCCCCUCGGCGCCGCCGUCAAGGCCGUCGCCGCGCCCGCCUAUAUCCACUAUUACGUUACGCGGCUUAAGCGUUUUAUUUCAUUGCAGCCGUUGCUGUGCCUUUUCCCCAUGGCCGUCGUCAGUAUCGUGGUAAAGGACACACCACAACCGAACGAAUACAAAUAUUCAUAUCAAAUUGAAGAUCCGACUACCGGAGACACCAAGAGCCAGCACGAGGUGCGGCGCGGAGACGUGGUCAGCGGCUCCUACUCCGUCGUCGAUCCGGAUGGGACCCGGCGAACUGUCAAGUACACUGCGGACCCGAAACACGGCUUCACAGCUGUCAUUCACAGGGAGGCAGCAGUCGCACCGCCGCCGCCACCUCCACCGCAACCUUACUCGUACGCUUAUCAGGACAUCGAGCCUCAGCAUCGCGUCCCACGGCCGUACGACAACGAUGAUCUCGUUGUGAAAUCCUCGCCGCCUAUUGGACCGGUUCUCUAUAACAAACUGUACACCAAAUUGUCGUAUCCUAAAACGAAUUACGAAGACAAACCGGCCUUCUAUUUCACUCCUGCGAAUGAAAUCAAAUCGGAUCGUGAGAGUUACGCACAAGGGCAGUAUACAUCACGUGACGAUGGGCGCGAUGGGGCAGAGCUCGAACCAGUAGCCGCAGCCGCAGCGCUUGGGCUCCGUCGCGUGCAGCCACAUCCACUCGAUGUGGUACGUGUCCGGGUGGCACUUGCAGCCCACCAGGCGCUGGUGGAACGCGCUGGGCACGAGCUGGUAGUGCUGGUGUGCGCGAUCGCGUCUGUACAUGCGGGAGUGGUUGCCCCCGCCGUGUACUCGCACGCCGCCCCCGUGGCCUACGCCGCUGCACCCGUGGUGCACGCCGCCCCGGUCGCGCACGCCGCCCCAGUAGCCUACCACGCCGCCCCCAUCGCCUACGCCGCACCCGUCGCUAAGGCCGUCGCCGUCGCUCCCGUCGCCAAGGUCGUCGAAGACUUCAACGCGCAUCCGCAGUACAGCUUCGCGUACGACGUUCAGGACGGACUUACCGGCGACUCCAAGACCCAGCAUGAGUCUCGCGACGGUGACGUCGUCAAGGGCUCUUACUCCGUUGUGGAUCCCGAUGGCACCAAGCGCACCGUUGAAUAUACCGCUGAUGAUCACAACGGCUUCAACGCGGUCGUGCACAAGGAGCCCCUCGCCGUCAAAGUAGCCGCCCCCGUGGUCGCUAAAGUCGCCGCCCCGGUAGCCUACCACGCCGCCCCCGUCGCUCACGCCGCCCCCGUCGUGCACGCCGCCCCUGUGGUGCACGCUGCUCCCGUAGCUUAUUCCGCCCCUGUUUACCAUCACUAAAUUAGAACAAACCCUAGUCAUUUUUAUCUAUUGUCAAACGCAACCAUGACACGAAAAUAAAGUACUAUUUUUA